GCGAAUUACAUUUGGACUAUUUCAUUGUUUCGUAUCGACUUUGCAACACACUGAUUGCUGCGAACACGCCUAUCAAAUUACGUCAUGUCUAUGCGACAUGUUGUCAAAAAAGCUAACAGCAUAGCAGACCAAAUGACGUCAGCCACACGUAAUCAGGUCCUGUCACUGUAUAUGAGGGUAUUUCGGAUCGCCCGGGGCUGGCAGUCCACACUCCCACAAGACACGGAGAGCGAGAGACGGUACAUUGUCCAGGAGGCCCAGACCCUCUUCAGACAGAACCAACAGUUGACAGAUCAGGAAUCAAUAAAGAAGUGCAUAGACGAAUGUGAGGCAAGGAUAGAAAUUGGUCUUCAUUACAGGAACCCCUAUCCAAGACCUAUAUACCUGCCUAUAAUGGGACUGGCAACCCAGAAAGGCAGGAAGCUGAAAGCACAGCAACGCAUGAGGAAGCAGGCCAAGCCGGUUUACUUACAGUCACAUGACGAAGACAGUUGAGACUAGAUUAACUCAUGUUACCAAGGACAGGAAGACAGUCACUGGCUGAUCUCAGGAGGAGUUGAGUUCAAAUGACCACUCAACUGUAGAUGACAAAAAUCCAAAAAAGUCAUUUAUUUUCAAUGUUCAUCAAGCACAUUUUCAUUGUGCACUGCAGCAUCCAAUCCAUCAUGUCUGUGCAACAGUAUACUGUACCAAGUAUAUUUAUGCAUGCAUUUCCUGACAAAAGCUCUUAUGUAAAUGUCAGAAUUGUCUGUCCUGUAAGAUAGGCAGCCAUAAAGAUGUAUGAUAUUGUUUGGAAUUUAUUUAUUCUAUCAAUAAAUUGAGUUUUGAUAAA